AAGGGGGGGGGGGGAAGGGAGGGAAGGAACUAACAGAAGCAUCAUUUGAUAAACUAAAUUAUUUCACUCAUCAAGAAGAACAACCAAGCUGAAGAUUACUUGAAAACACAUCAACUCAGUGUUUCGUCCAUACGUUUUUCAACUUCAUUCGGAACCAUGGAUUUAUUGAGCAGGUGCCAUUCCUAUCCACUAGUUCUAGAACGUGAUGAAAAGACGCUUACGUCACAUUAAGUUCAGACCGAACAAUUUCUUCUAUUUGAAAAGGAACACACGUUUUUAACAAGUGCAAGAUAUUUUUUAAAAAAUGUAAACAAACAUUUUUUACAGGACAUCUUUGCCAGAAAUUAUCAGGAAAAUGGUCAUGGUGUGAAUAAGUGAAUAGCCUUGUUGUGUCCCCACACUGUAAGACUUGUUAGUUCUGUAACUGCCUGCUCAUUACAAGUAUCACAUCACGUGCUGUUCUGAAGAGGUCUUUCAUUCAGUGUCCUCACUGACCUGAUUCUUGUCAUGAACUAAUUAGCUGCUAAUGUUUUUAAGGAGUGUGUUUAUGUUCCAUACCUUUUUUUUUUUUUGGAUUGACAUCAAGAAAUUAUUCUUCUGAAGUUUCCACCCAUCUUUUUGUUCGGGGCAAGCCGAAGUCAAAUUAAAAACUUCAACUCGAUUUCAAAAUGGUGGAGCGGACGAUAGCGGCGGUUUGUUUCUCCUUCUGGACACUGUCCACUCUGGUUUAUGGCCUGGGCAGCAACUUGGACCUAGAGCAGAACUGUAUACUAAGUUUUAUAGUCCCUAGAGAUAAGAUGAAGUCUUCAUGUGAACUGGAUGAGAAGGUCAAUCGGCGGAUCAACGCGAUAGAAAUGAAAGUAAAUAUCUACAAACAGGAGGUGGCCGACCUGAAGCUUCAGCUUGAAAAAGAGAGGCAGCUCAACGCAGAGAAGAUUGAGAAGCUGAGUAGAGCCUUGAAAGAAGACUCGGAAGAGGAUGAGUUCAGUAGUCGACUGGAGAAGCGACUAGCCAUGCUGGAGAAGGCCUUUGAUCAGCUGCCAGAAGACAUGACGCUCUCUAUCGGCAGUAAAACAAAACGUUUGGACGACAAAGCAGCUCCGGAACACUUGGAAAGCAGUCAGCUGACGUCAAGCUCCGUGAUAAGAACGCUGAUACAGACUGAACUGAAUGGCAAGUUUGAAAAUUAUACCAAAAGGCUGGAGACGUAUGUUAAAGAGCAAGUGCUUUUCUAUAACCAGCUUUUCAGGAUGCUGCCUACAAAGAACUCAGAUGUGUCAACUCAAAAAACUCAGCCAGCGUCCACGACCACCGCUACUACACCAACUGGAAAAAAUAAAGCAAACAGCGAAAUCCUGGAAAAAAUUAUGGAUGUAACUUCCCUUGAGACAUUGUCUCAGACGCUGUUUUUCUCGAGUGGUGCGACAACCUUUAGUCAUUCAGGUAUCACUACUUCCAGUCCGCUGCACAAGCUGGAAGGCAAUACCACAAAGCCAAUCGUUGAGCCAGAGUCUGUGAUAACAAAUUCAAACGUAACAUCUGGAAUAGUUCUUGUCGAUAACGUUUCCGAAGCAAACGAUACUUUUAGCCAGACCAUCGAGAAGCCUCACGAAUCAAAGACGACAGAUGCGGUGAGAAAAGACAUUAACAGUGACAUAUCCGCCGCCAGGAUCGGCGCCAAGUCUAAUGAAAGUGACAAGGCAAACGUGACAGACUCUUCCAAACCAAACACUGAAGACAACGAGGUGGAAGAAGACAAAGCGUGGAAGGAGAACAUGAUCCGCGAUCAGCACAACAAGCAGACUGACUCGGACAGACUCCGAAACGAGAUCACUGCCAUGUUGUAUACCCCGUUGGCGGAGGUUUUCAGCGUUAUUGACAAAAAAGCUGCUGCCAUUGAAGAGAAGAUCAAACUGCAAGAAGAAAAAAACCAGCAGGUUGUCAAAGAUCUCCAAGCCAAGUUAAAAGAAAUUGACGACGGUACGAAAUCUGCAAUCUCUCAAGUAGAAUCGUUAUCUCAGGGAUUCAAAGACUCUUUCCUUAAAAUGGACAAACUAAAUCCUUUGGAGACUCUUGUCAAUGAAAUAAAGAAAAACCUCAGCGCGGAUCCAUUGUCCAAGGUGGAGCUCGACGAGCAAGGCAAGAAGAUUAAAAAGCUUGAAAGACUCGUUCUCGUUUACCAGCAGUCGUUGGAGCACUACAGGAACGAGAGCAGGCAAGAGUAUAGGGAGGUACGCGAAGUUAUAGACAAAAACGCGACCAGCAUCAAAUCUUACUGCAAGUCCGCCCAGGAGAACGUCACCUCGGCCGUCAAUAUCCUGAUCAACAAGCUCAACAACACCUACCGCGACAAGCUCAAAGAGAUUUACGAUCAGAUCCGGGUCAACGAGGAUAAUGUGCUGCUCCUUCAGAUCGACUUGUCCAGCUUCGAGAGGAACAUGAAAAACAAGCUGAAAAACGAUAAGGAGAUAGAUGAAGUCCAGGGCGCUGUCAACGAGCUGGCCAGCAAGCACAGAGACUUCAGGAAGAAGCUGGAUAGUCUGGAGAGCCAGCAGUUCAACCUAAUCCACAGCAUCAACAGCACUGCUAAGGAGGUAAUGGAGCUGAAGACUGAAAUUAAACUAAACGUUCUGGACGCGUGGCUUCCCUUGAAUUUCGAGUACGACUCUUCCAAGACGGAGUGCCACGGUGAGCAGUACGUGAAGAAACUCAAAUUCCACCACGCCAAGUUGGUGGGCGUGGUACUGUGCUCCCCGACACGAUACAAAAUAUUUCUGUCCAACUCACUGCACUCCAAAUUUUUGAACGUCGGAGACCUUUAUGGUCUAGGGGAAGACCACUGCGAGUUCGUUGGAGCUAUGGCCAAAUCACAAGUGAAACUGAGUCCAUUCAGGGGGACGACUUAUUUUACACAGGGUUUUGCUCGGAGUGAGUGGGGCGAGGAGCCCGUGCUGGCCACUCUCAGCACACUCAAGCCUUCACCAGACUGGUACGAGUGCGGCUUGACCAUCCCUUAACAUCCAACACCAAGCGAACAGACGGGGAGAAGGAAAAAAAAGGCUGUCUCCGGUGGAACAGAACUGAACAAACCGCCAUAUUUCAACUUUGUUCGUCUGGAACUUUAUAUGCUAAGCGUACGCCUACAAUAUGGGACAAACUAAUAACAAAAUAACAACAACCCUGUUAAAAGAACGUGCGUAGGAAAAGGAUGCGCAUUUUUUUUUCUUUUGUUUUCGUGUCGUUUAAGGGGAUUACAAAUAAGUGAUACAUUUUGUAUUGUUUAUUAAUACAAACAAAACAGAAUCCAGUGGACAUUUUUAAGCGCAGACGUCAACUUCUCAUUUGAAUGAGACAAAUGAUGUCACGUCAAGAGUUUCAUUUCACAACGUACAAAUAAAAAAAAACAAACACUUCCAAACAUAGGCCACUUCAGAUGAUCAUAUGCUCAAAUGAUAUUAUAAGAACACGAAAUUAUAAUAAACUUUCAAAUGAAUGAAAUAUUUGAAGUAAAAGAAUCGUUUUGAACGCAAUGGUUACAAUGCAGAAACAAAAAAAGGUAAACUGAUUAUACUGAAAGACCUAUUAAAGAAAAUCUGGUGGGGGUUAUCUGUGCGCGUGUGUUUAGUUGGUUAAUUUCAUCGAUGUACAAUGGACGUCAGCGUGACAGAUAAAAUAAACCCAAUAUGGGGGAGAAAGGGGGGAGGGAGAGGAAAAAACAACCGAAAAUAAAUAUCUUUAAAAAAAAUGAACCCACUGUGUUUGCUUCCCUUUGCAAAAUUAAAGUUGCCAACUAGACAGAUUUUUCACUGACAACUCAAGUGGGUGAAGGAAUUCACUGCCUUAAAAAUAAUGAUGAGGGUUAACUUUUUUUAUGUAUAUUAAUCUAUAACAAUUCUAAUUAAUUGGAGAUAUGCCAAGAUAAGAAAACCAACAGUUUGAAAGUAUGGAAUGAUAAUAUAAGCCUAUGUAACUUUUUCGUUUUAUAAAUGCAAAAUUUACUUUUUUCAAACCAAAUGAGUGUCAAGGGGAGCGGGGAGAGACUGAUUUAAGACAAAAGCAAUAUUUAUGUAUGAAUGUGUACUGUUUAGUUGUUGUUUCAUGUUUGUUUGGGAAUGUAUAAAUAUGGCAUAGGUGCUGGAAGACAGAUCUGAUCAAUGCUAUUUGUACUGCCUGCAUUACUUAGUUCAGUCUCUUAGUAUAGGAAAGAUUAUGCCCCUUUAAAAAAAAAAUGUUUCUAUUUUGUUUAGCAGCUGGAAAAAAAAAUUUUGCCCUAAAUAAAUGCUAGGAUUAAUAUUCUUUUUUUAAAAAAUCUUUUAGACUGAGAGUCAAAGACUUCACCAAUGCAUAUCUUACUCUUAAUUCAACCAAAAAUAAAAAAUCAAAGAAGAAAACCUUUUUUUUAAACAUUUGAAUUAGCUGGUUGGAGAAUAAAUUCAUGACUGGCAGAGUGUUAUAUGGAAGCUAAGCAUAAUGUCAAAUGUCUUUUUUUUUUUCCUAAUUGUCGACUAUUUAAUGCCUCUCUGCUUUUCUCUUUUUUCAUUUGACCUCAAAUUCAAUCUUUAUAUCUAUUUUCACACACACCUUCCAUGCACACAAGGGCAUUAAGAACCCACAGGACAACAAUAAAGAUUUAUAUUGAAAUGAAUGAAUCUUAAAGAAUACAUCAACAUCACACAAAUAUAUAUAUAUAUAUAUAUAUAUAUAUAUAUAUAUAUAUAUAUAUAUAUAUAUAUAUAUAUAUAUAUAUAUAAUUGCAGUAUGGGAAGGUCUACAGAAAGUGAGAGAUGAGUCAUAAUAUAAAUGCCAUAUUGUCAUGAAAGAGGUUCAAUAAUAAACUGUACAUAAAAUUGUAAUAAAGAAAUGUUUUACAACAUAAUCUUCUAAUAUGUAUAAACUAGACCUAAAGCAUACAUUUUGUUUUUGUGUGUUUUUGUAAUCUAGGCCUUUUUUUGUUUGCACACACACAAACAAAAAAUAAUUCUGUAAUGAUAUGCAAAUGAGGUACUAUGUGUAAAGCCCAUUAUAUGGAAAGGAAAAAAAUCAAUGCUUCUUUCAAGCUAUAAUUAUAUGAUUAAGAAAAUCACUAAAGUAAACUGUUAAAUAUUUUAAUAAUUUUAUGGCAUCUGCACUUACUAUCAUUUGGUAUUAGUGUAUUUAUUGAAAUUGCGUAAUGUGCUAAUUUAUUUAGCAAUUGAAACAUUUUUUGACAUCAAAUUAUAAAAUAUAUUAGCUUUACAAGUGAGUGCAUAUCUGUUUUUUUAAUAUACUUAUAUAAAAUGUAAACAUUUAAAAUUUGAUUGGUAGUUAACAGGUUAAUUUAAAAACAUGUUACCAAACUAACAUCAAAAAAGUUUACAACUUUUAUUAAAAGACCCAUCCUCAAUAUGUUUUUAGCUAGUUGACUUACCAUUAUUUACUGACUUAUUUACACUUUGCAAUAUACUAUAAGACUGUUGUAAAAUUUAUUGUGAAUUUAAAAAAAAAUUACCUUUCAAAAGAAUUUCUUUUUUUUUUUUCAAUUAAAAAAUGAUGUGCCUUUU